AGAUUCGUGAUAUAUCAACGUAUAGUUCUCGUUUGUUAAACGAUUGGCGAUACACAAGAACCCGGACAACCUUAAAAUAUAGCUCAGUUUGCUUAUAUAUAUUAGGCCGUUAAAGGAUUGGUUGAGACUUGAUCAACGCAUAAACAAAAUCAAACAUAUAAACACUUCCCAACGCUUCUCAGUUCUCACUUCCCACAUUGACCCCCUCAAAUUAUCAUCUCCACACGUAUAUACAGACUCAUUCACGAUGAGUUCCGCACCGAGAAGAGCGGAGCGCCGUCCACCUCCGAGCGAGUCCGACGACUCGGACUCCCGAGACGGGGAGGACUGGAGCGACGCCGAAGACGAAGAGGAGACCCAAGAAGUCAUCUCGCUACUCGACGAUCGGGUAUUCCCCGACGUCAUGUCCAUGCUUGCGCACUGCAAGGACAAGCACGGCUUCGACUUUUUAGGCGUCCGCCAACGUCUGCAGCUAGAUUUCUACGGCUGUAUCAAACUGGUCAAUUUCAUUCGCCAACGAGUGCACGAGGGCCUCCCAGUAACGGAAGACAUCACGUGGUCCGCCAUCGACCAAGAGCAGUAUCUAAAGCCCGUGCUCGAUGACGACGCCGUCAUCCUCGCCCUGGACGAGCUGCCGGAGCUCACCCCGGCGGGUGCGGGUACGACGACGGCGCAGGGCGGCGGCGACAACGCAGUCCUAGUCGACGACCUUCUAAAGCGCAACAGCGAUCUCCAAGAGGAGCUGGAGCGCGUCAAGGCGCAGUUCGACAGCUACCGCGUCGCCGUGCAGCAGACCCUCGACGAGCGCUGGGGCGACGUCGACCAAGCGGAAGCCGAGUCCGCCGCCGCCGCAGCUAAGGCGGGCAAAGGCAAAGGCGUCGAGAAGAAGGUGGACGAGUCUCAGUACUAUUGGGACUCUUACGCCGGAGUUGAAAUCCACGAGACGAUGCUCAAGGACGCGGUGCGCACCGACGCGUACCGCGACUUCAUCUACAACAACAAGCACCUCUUCGCGGGCAAAAUUGUGCUAGACAUCGGCUGCGGCACAGGCAUCCUCAGCAUGUUCUGCGCCAAAGCGGGCGCCGCCAAGGUCAUCGCCGUCGACGCCAGCGCCAUCAUCACCAAGGCGCAGGAGAACAUCUUCCACAACGGCUUAUCGUCCGUGAUAACCUGCGUGCACGGCAAGAUGGAGGAGGUCUCUCUCCCCGUCGACGAGGUCGACGUCAUCGUCAGCGAGUGGAUGGGGUACUGCCUGCUCUUCGAGGCCAUGCUGCCGUCCGUGCUGUACGCGCGGGACCGGUACCUGAAGCCGGGCGGCUUGCUCGUGCCCUCGCACGCGAAUCUCUGGGUCGCGCCCGUGUCGGACCCGCAGUACGUCGCCGACACCGUCGACUUCUGGCGCGACAUCUACGGCUUCGACAUGCGCGCCAUGCAAGCCGGCAUCUACGACGAGGCGCGCGUGCUCAGCUGGCCGCUCUCCCUUCCCCCCUCAUCAACCACCACCACCACCACUGCUACCCCCACCACCAACAACAACACUACCACGCCACUAACCCUCUUCUCCACCCCCGAAAACAAAACCACCAUCCCCGGCGCCCCGCACGCCUUCAAGCUGCUAGACCUAUACCGCGUCCAAACCGCCGACCUAUCCUUCACGCACCCGUACACCCUAACCCUCGCUCGCGACGUCGACGUCCUCGACGGCUUCCUAAUCUGGUUCGACAUAUUCUUCUCGCCCACACCCCCCUCCACCACCACCACCACAACCGCAGUAGCCACAUCCGCGUCCGCAGCCGAGUGGGCGUCCCUCGACCCGCAGAACCGAGUCGCUUUCACGACGGGCCCGCACGGUCCCGAUACGCACUGGAAGCAAGGGCUGCUCCUAUGCAAGCCUUCCAAAUCCACCACCGCCGCCGCAGUAAGCGCGGAGGAGAACGGGAUGGAGGCCAAGGAAGGAGGAACUGCUGCUACGGCGACGGCGCUGAAGAAGGGUUCCGAGAUCACGGGCGACAUCUCGUUUUCCAUCCCGGAGGACCACGCGCGCGGGCUGGCGAUCAAGGUCACCUGGAACGGGAACAAGGGACAGACGUGGGCUUUGCGGUAAGGAGUUGGUGCGAUAGGGGUUAAAAAGAAAAGGGGGGGGAGGUA